AACGCGUUGUGCAAGUCGGGAAGCAUCGGCGUCUUCGGGAACGUUGUGUACAGCGGACUGCUCAACGAGCACCUGUGGCAUCUGGGAGUGCCACUCUUCACAAGACUGGGUAACCAAGAGGCCCCCAACCCCCCGGACGCCAUGACCCAGCCCUACACCGCGGCCCAGUACCCCCCGCCCCCACAGAACGGCAUCCCCGCCGAGUUUGCGGCACCGCACCCGCUACCCACGCCCGACUACAGCGGGCAGAGCCGUGUGGCCGAGCACGCCAUGACGCUCUACACGCCGACGCCCACGCACGGCGAACCGGCGCCGGUCACCGAUAGCAGCACGCCCGCCAUCGCCGCCCCCGCGUCCGCACCGACGGAUGACGUGACGCAAACGGACGCCUCGCAGCACUCGGACUCGUCGGAGAAGCAGCAGCCCAAACGGUUACACGUGUCCAACAUUCCCUUCCGCUUCCGAGACCCUGACCUGAGGCAAAUGUUUGGGCAAUUUGGAAAGAUCCUAGACGUGGAGAUUAUCUUUAACGAGCGAGGAUCCAAGGGCUUUGGCUUUGUAACUUUUGAAACGAGCACAGACGCCGACCGCGCACGGGAGAAACUAAACGGUACAAUCGUAGAGGGACGCAAGAUCGAGGUGAACAACGCCACAGCACGAGUCAUGACAAACAAGAAAGUGGCCAACCCCUACACCAAUGGCUGGAAGUUAAACCCAGUGGUGGGCGCUGUCUACGGUCCCGAGCUGUACGCCGUAACGGGCUUCCCAUACCCCGCCACGGGCACCGCCGUGGCUUACAGGGGCGCCCACUUGCGAGGUCGGGGGCGGGCAGUCUACAAUACGUUCCGCACGGCCCCUCCGCCGCCGCCUAUCCCUGCUUACGGAGCGGUGGUGUACCAAGAUGGCUUCUAUGGUGCUGAGAUCUAUGGAGGAUACGCAGCAUACAGAUUCGCGCAGCCCGCCACCACCGCCGCCUACAGCGACAGCUACGGCAGAGUCUAUGCAACGGCCGACCCCUACCACCACACGAUCGGCCCCGCCGCCACCUACAGCGUGGGAACUAUGGCUAGCCUUUACAGAGGAGGCUACGCUCGCUUCACGCCCUACUAA